CUCAUGAGGAGGUGGGUUACAACAAGUGUUUCUUACACGUUGUAGCAAUAGCAAGGACAAAUAAUUAUCUAACCAAAUAAGGAACCUUUAGCUGACAGCCUUUCAACAGUGACAUCUCAUCUCCCACAUCACCAUGUCCUCAGAGAGUACCUUGGAUGAUGAGGAUACUUUUAAGAUCCUUAUUGCUACAGAUAUUCACCUCGGUUACCUCGAGAAGGAUGCUAUCCGUGGCAAUGACUCUUUUAACACACUGGAAGAAAUCUUAAAAUCUGCCAAGACAAAUCAGGUAGAUUUCAUCCUGCUGGGUGGUGAUUUGUUCCAUGAGAACAAACCGUCACGACGAUGCCUCCACACCUGCAUCACAAUGCUUAGACGAUACUGCAUGGGAGACAAACCCAUAAACUUCAACAUUCUCAGUGACCAGAAGGUCAACUUUAACACAACCCAUUUUCCAUGGGUUAACUAUCAGGAUGAAAACCUGAACAUCUCUAUUCCUGCGUUCAGCAUUCACGGUAAUCAUGAUGACCCAACUGGGGCUGAAGGCUUGUGUGCGUUGGAUCUGAUAAGUGCGUCUGGUCUUGUCAAUCACUUUGGUCAUUCCCAUUCAGUGGAAAAGAUAGAGAUUAGUCCCAUCCUCAUGCAGAAAGGAAUCACCAAGCUAGCCCUAUUUGGUCUUGGCUCUAUCCCAGAUGAGCGCUUGUACAGGAUGUUCGUUAACAAACAGGUAACCAUGCUUCGCCCCAAAGAAGACCAAGAUGAGUGGUUUAAUCUCUUCACCAUCCACCAGAACAGGAGUAAGCACGGUCCCACUAACUACAUCCCUGAGCAGUUCCUGGAUGACUUUAUUGACUUGGUGGUGUGGGGCCACGAGCAUGAGUGUUUGAUUGCUCCAACCAGGAAUGAACAGCAGCUCUUCUAUGUGACACAGCCUGGCAGCUCUGUAGCCACCUCUCUGUCCCCUGGAGAGGCAGCCAAGAAACACAUAGGGCUGCUGAGGGUGAAGGGUCGUAAGAUGAACAUGCAAAAGAUCCCCCUCGACACGGUGCGUCAGUUCUUCAUCCAAGACGUGGUGUUGGCUGACUACCAAGACAUCUUUACACCGGACACACCCCAGGUCACAAAGAAGGUGGAGGACUUGUGCUAUGCAAAGGUCACAGAGAUGUUGGAACAAGCAGAAAGAGAGAGGCUUGGUUGUCCGCUCACACCAGAGAAACCUCUUAUUCGUCUGAGGGUGGACUACAGCGGAGGCUUUGAGGCGUUCAACACUUCUCGCUUCAGUCAGAAGUUUGUGGACCGCGUUGCCAACCCAAAAGACGUCAUCCACUUUCUCAGACGCCGUGAACAGAAGGAGGAUAACAAAGAUGAGGUCAAUGUGGAUUACGGCAAACUGUUAAAAACCACAGCAGUUGAGGGUCUGAGGGUGGAGGACCUGGUGAAACAGUACUUUGAGGCAACCGAACAGAACGUGCAGCUGUCCCUCCUGACCGAGCAUGGCAUGGGGAAGGCAAUUCAGGAGUUUGUGGACAAAGAUGAGAAAGACGCCAUUGAGGAGCUGAUCACCUACCAGUUAGAGAAGACACAGCGCCACCUCCAAGCCAGAGGAGUAACCACGGAGCAGGACAUAGACCUGGAGAUCCAGCGAUUCAGAGACUCCAAAAAGAACACCACCGAGGAAGAGAAUGAAAUCAAAGAAGCUAUCAACAGAGCUAAAGCUCACCGUUUGGAGCGUGGGGAGAUGCCUGUAGAUAUGUCUGUUGACCUUGCUUUGGAAUCUGAUGAAGACGCGGCCCCAUUAGCUCCCCCAACGCGAGGCAGAGGGCGAGGAGCGAGGGGGCGGGGGAGCCGGGGAAGGGGCAGAGGUGCAGCUGCCUCCGAACCAAAGCCAGCUGGUCGGGGCCGUGCCCAGAAAUCUUCAGCAGCAACCCAAAGCAGGAGUAUUAUGCAAGCAUUUCAAUCUCCAUCCCAAAGAUCAUCUCGACCUGGAGCCAACAAAUCCUAUGCAGAUGAAGUGACCAUCGAGGACUCAGAUGAGGAUAUUCCUGUAAUGAAAACAACCAGCGCUCCUCCAAGACCAGCAUCAUCAUCUUCAUCUUUCACCAAGUUGAGCUCUCAGAGCCAGAGCCACUCAACUAAAGGAGUUGCAUUUGACGACAGUGAUGAUGAGGAGGAUGACCCAUUCAAAGGCCCCAGUCGUUCACGGAGAUAACCAUGCAUGCAUCUUAUAUGUACACUUGUUAAUCUCUACAUGCUAAUUAUCAAGUGAGCUGCUACAGAGUUGUUCUGAAGGACUUUAAAGUUCAUGUUUCAAUGUUCUCAGCACUCAUUCUUUCUAACGUUGACAAUUAAUAAUUUAAUUGAACAGAUACUGCAAGGAUAAAACUAUCCAAUCAAUCUGCUUUGGUGAAAGAGCUAGGCUAAAUGCUAUAGGGAGAAAUGUGUUGAUGGCUUUCAGACCAGACUUGCUAUGCGUAUUCUGCACUUGGUUUUUGCCAUUAGGCCUUUGUAGUACUCUGAUAUUCAGGAAAUUAUAAAUGUUUUUUCAUACAUAA